AUGCCUCCCUCCAAGACGUCCACCGUACUUGUGAGCCCACCUCGCCCACCACCCACCAAGUCACCCACCGAGUCCCGCACCGAGUUGCCCGCUCAUAGUGCCUCCCUACCACUAUUUACCGUUCCUGUGGGCUGGACUACCAAUCCCCCAAGUCCGGCGUACAAAGGAGAGUGGGAGGGCCCCGAAUCGGAGGGUCAGAUGAUGGCUCGGUACUUUGGGCUUGGACGAGGAAGACCGAGCAUGGAGAAUACUGUCAUUGCGCGACACGAUAUUUUCCGAUCGCUUGAUUGCGCACAAGGGUCGCAGUAA